AGAGGAGAACAAGAGGAGAAAGAGAGAAAAGAAUUAGAGGAGAACUAUGAGAAAAAACUGGAUGAAACGAAGAUGAAAUAUGAAGAGGAGGCCAGAAAACAAGCUGAAGAGUUGACUGAAAAAUACACAAUGGACUUUGAAGUUCUGACAGUAAAACACAUGAAGGAAACAAAGGACAUGAAGCAAAAACAUGAGAGACAAAUCCAAGAGGCAGAGGAGAGACACAGCAAAGAGUGUGAACAGUUAGCUGAUCGCUCAAAACACAAAGAACAACGUCUGAAAGAAGAAAUGGAGGAGUUCAGGAAAAAGCUUGAGCAAGAAAUGAAUGAACUGAAAGAGAGAUCAGAGAGUCUCAGGAUUGUGCUGAUGGGAAACACUGGCAGUGGAAAGAGCUCUUCAGGAAACACCAUUCUGGGAAGAAAAGAGUUUAGAGUCAAAUCAAGUCAAACAUCAGUCACCAACCAGUGUCUGAAAGCACAGAGUGAAGUAGACGGUCGUCCUGUUGUUGUGGUCGACACUCCUGGUCUGUUUGACUCCAACUUGUCACAUAAAGAUGUUAAUAAUCAGAUGGUGAAAUGCAUCAGUCUUCUGGCUCCAGGACCACAUGUCUUCCUGUUGGUGUUACAGAUUGGCAGAAUCACACAAAAAGAGAAGGAGACAUUAAAACUCAUCAAGAAAGUCUUUGGGAAGAAUUCAGAAAAAUUCAUCAUCAUUCUUUUAACUAGAGGAGAUUCACUGAAGGAUGAGAAGAUGUCCAUUGACGAUUACAUAGAGAAGAAAUGUGAUGAUUCCUUUAAGAAGCUGAUUGAUGACUGUGGAGGAAGAUACCAUGUGUUUAAUAACUGUGAUGAAGGAAACCGCACACAAGUCAGUGAACUGAUAAACAAGAUUGACUCCAUGGUGAAGAAAAAUGGCGGCAGCUGCUUCACCAAUGAGAUACUGCAAGAGGCCGAGGCAGCAAUAAAGAAGGAAGUGGAGAAGAUCCUGAAGGAGAAGGAAGAAGAGAUGAAGAGAGAGAGGGAGGAGUUUGAAAGAAUACAUGAAGAAGAAAUGGAGGCAAUGAAAAGAAGAAUAGAAAAACAGAGAGCAGAAAUUGAACAGGAGAGAAAACUGAGAGAGAAACAACUUCAGGAGAAGGAAGAAAAGAUUCAGAAAGAGCAUGAAGAGAGAAAGAAAGAACAGGAAAAGAGAGAAGAAGAAGACAAGAAGAGGAAAAACCAGGAAGAAAUUCAAAGACAGGAGUGGGAACGAAAACUUGCUGCUUUGGAGCAAAAGAUCAAGCUAGAGUUAGAAGAAAAAGAAAAAAUUAAUAAAGAGCUGAUGCAGAACAGAGCAGAGAUGAGAGAAGAACGAGAGGCCUGGGAGAAGAAACAAAAAGAAAUGUGGGAGAAACGAUAUCAAGAAGAUGAAGAGAGACGACAGGAAGAACAGAGAAGAUUAAAAAAGCUCCAAGAAAAAUAUGAGGAAGAAAGAGAAGAAUAUGAAAAGAAAAGAAAAGAAGAAGAUCAAAUCAGAGGAGAACAGCAGAGAGAAGUCAUUGUCUGA